AUGAAAGGGUUAGCUAGUUCGUUAAAAGCCUUAAAACCUAAGUCGACACCAAAGCUUUUUAUAAUUGACUGGGAUGAAACCAUAACCAAUGAGGAUACUAUCAAACUCGUAGCUCAAGCUGCUUAUAACAAAAAGAAAGAAUACGAACCAAAGUUCGACCAUUUCACGAACAUUUAUAUGAAAGCAUUCAAUGAAUAUAACGACGACUUUACUAGUAAGUACGGAGAAAGAGACACUAUCGAAAAAGAAAUCAAAUUUCAAACAGGGAUGCAAAAUGUCGAGAUGAGCUCUAUUAACGAGAUCAAGAGGUUGAGGUUAUUUGAAGGGAUUGAAGAAGAAGAAUUUCUGGCCCAGGGAAACCGUGUUACACUCAAACCUCAUUUCACGGACUUUUUAAGUAAGUGUCAGGAACUGAAGAUUCCAGUGAUUAUUUUGAGUGUCAAUUGGACGAAAUUAAUCAUGGAAGCAGUGCUCCUUAAGAACGGUUUCAAAGAGAAUGAAAAUCUAAAAAUCAUGGUUAAUGAAUUAGAGUUUAAGAAUGGAAUCUCAACAGGUAAUUUUAAUGCAUCAAUAUCGAUUAGAACUGGUCUUGACAAAUUGAACAUAGUUAACAAUUUGAUUAAACAAUAUGGGAAAACAUGUUAUAUAGGCGAUAGUAUGACUGAUUUAUUGUCGCUAAUUGAUAGUGAUAUUGGUAUUGCUAUUGAAGAAGGGUCAGUAAUCGAAUCGAUCAAAAAGCUAAACUUCCCAAUCAAAAAUUUAAGUGAAGCUGAAGAGUUACACAAGGAAGAAGUUUACGUUGGUAAUUGGUCGCAAGUAGCAAGUUUAUUGAAUAAGCAUUAA